AGCCGGCUCUCCAUUCACUGCAGUGUGGCUGUGCUGUACACUCCAAGGGGACAAUACUCUUUAAUAGUUCUGAAGGAGCACUGAGGAAUAACGUCAUUACAUGGGCUUCACCUAUACUAAAACCUGGAACCUGCAGCAACCAUCUACUUCAACAAGCCCUUCAUCAGUUGCCAGUGGAGUGCUUUUCAUUGGGACUAUCAGGAUCCAGAUCGUCCACUAACCUUGAUCCUCACAGUGAACUUGUUACAGCCACCAGCUCAGCUCCACCAUGGUUCUGUGUGAGGACGGCGAGUGCAGCGUAUGCCUCUUGCCCUACUCACGGAUGGACAGGAUCCCCAGGGUGCUGCACUGCAGACACACCUUCUGCCACCUGUGCCUGGAGACCAUGUCGCAGGCCAGGAGCGGGCUGCUCACCGUGGGCUGCCCUCUGUGUCGACGGGUGACCUGCGUUGGACGUGGCCUCAGCCUGCAGGAAGCUCUGUGGGUCAACAGCAGGCUGUGGGAGCAGAUACCGGAGGACGUGGACGCAGAGGCCGGGGAGGAGGAAGAGGAGGAGGAGGAGGAGGAGGAAGAUGGACUGAAACAAGCAGCUGAGGAGGAGCGGAUGGAGACUAAACAAGAAUCCUCGCUGCAAGCAGAAUGCGCUUCCUCCAGGUCGGCCAGAGCGAAACUCAAAUUGCCCGCGUUCUUCAGAAAGUUCAGUUUGACGAAGCAACACCAAGAGAAGAUUGUGCCUGGCAGUAAUGUGGAAAUGAAAUCCUGGCGCAGGCUUUCAACUGAAGAGACUAUUUAAAAUAUAAAAGAUGAACUGACAGUUACUCUCAGGAUAUUGUUUGCGGAUGGUAGACGCCACUAGAAGACUGGAGGCCGUUAGGGCCGAGAAUCCAUUUGUGUUCCUGUCAAGACUUUGUUUUGUCUUCAGCCAAAGGUGCCCUGUCUCCCCAUUAUUUAUUCUGGGCUUAAUUCCCCCAGCUGGUGCUGUGGGAUUUGUUUCAGCUGUCCCAGUGGGACUCACACCCCAGACCCCCUCGUGACAGAUGGUCACUGAGGACGUUCC